AUGAAACCUCAUUCUGGUGCUUGGGGAGCUUUGCUUAAUGCUUGUAGAAUGUAUAAAAAUAUGAAACUGGGUGAACUUGCCUCUAGAAAGCUAGUGAAGCUGGAGGCCAAGAAUCAUUGUGCUUAUGUUCUUCUGUCAAAUAUGUAUGCUGAUAACAAGAACUGGGAAGAGGUUAGUUUUGUGCGUGAGAUUAUGAAGGCUAGAGGUUUGACAAAGCUCCCUGGAUGUAGCGUUACAGAGGUUGGUGGUGAAGUUCAUGAGUUCUUUGUUGGGGAUAAUUCUCAUCCAAGGUAUGAUGAAAUUGAGAUGAUGAUGGCAGAGAUAUCAAAGCGAUUGAGACUAGCUGGUUAUGUAGCUGACACUAACCCUGUUCUGUUUGAUAUAGAAGAGGAAGAAAAAGAGGAUGCUUUGUUUAAACAUAGUGAGAAGGUAGCCAUUGCUUUUGGUUUGAUCACUUUAAAAGAAGGUGUACCCAUUAGAAUUGUGAAGAACCUCAGGAUUUGUUGGGAUUGUCAUGAAGUAGCAAAAAAAAUAUCUGAAACUUUUAACAGAGAGAUUAUUGUGAGAGACAGGGAUAGGUUUCACCAUUUUAAAAACGGUGACUGUUCUUGUAAAGGUUAUUGGUGA